UAACAUAUUAAACAAAGGAUAUUUCUCAAAGGUCUUUAUAUUCAGCAUAUGCUUCCAUCUGAUAAUCAUGAUGAUACUAUUUGUCCAGAACACACCAGAUUGCAUUUCACUGCAUGUGUAAAUGGUGACGAGUGAUGUGAGAUGUAAAUCCGGAUGUUGACUGUCGUCAGGGGGUUGGAGCUGGUAACGUCAAACUUAAACUACAUUGCGGGCUGGCAGCGGUUGUCCCUUAAGCCAGAGUGAAAGUCCACAGUAGAGUUGUGAGAGGAGCUCCGUGUCCAACCCCUCUCCCUGUGCAGACAUCAGGCCAGCAUGUCCAGUGAUCCUCCUCCUCCAUACCCUGGAGGUCCCAGUGCCCCACUCCUCGAGGAUAAAAAUGGACAACCUGCUCCUCCACAGGGACAGCCCUUGCCUCCAGAUUAUGGUCCUCCACCCUAUGAAGCCCUACAGCCAGGCUUCCUUCCUCCACAUGUCCCUGGAGAGGGGCCCAUGCCCAUGCCCCCGCCACCGCAAGGUCCACCCGGUCACUACCAUCACCCGAUGCCAGGACAUAUGGGCCCGGAUCCCAGUCAUUUUGUCCACAUGGGUGGUCACACAGCGACUGUCCUGGCUCCUCCAGGAGCAGCCACCACUCUGACUGUACUGCAGAGAGAAAUGUUCAAGACCACACCAGUGACGACUCUGUGUCCACAUUGUCAGCAGCCAAUCAUCACCCGUAUCUCACACGAUAUCGGCCUCAUGAACACACUCGCCUGCCUCUUCUGCUUUAUUGCAGGGUGUAAUCUUGGCUGCUGCUUGUUUCCCUGUAUGCUGGAUAACCUCAAGGAUGUGACACACACCUGCCCAUACUGUAAGGCCUAUAUUUGCACAUACAGACGUUUAUGCUAACCACCGGCAGCUGUGUGCCAGACAUCUACAUGCACAUACAUUACACUUUGUGCUUUUUUUACUUGCUGCUUCCCUUAAAGGUGAGCAUGGUGACUCUAUAGCUAUAGUGACUCUAUUGCUGUCACUACCUCUGUUGCAGAGAUUCAGGGAAAUGAAAAGUUGUGUUAAACAGCGUCACCAGGGCAACUGCUUAGCAUCGGAUAGUGCUCAGAAUAAACAUGAUUUCAAUUAACUCAUUUUUCAUGCUUAUUUCUGGAGAGCAAAUACAAGAUGCAGAUAGCCUGGGGUAGCCAUUUCAGCUAAGUACAUAGGAUUAUCACCUGAUCAUCAGGUCAGCUGACCUGCAUGUAUAUUCCUAUGCAGUUAGCUGUAAUGGCUACCUCACACAUCUAUAUUUUGUAUUUGUUUUCCUUCUGACUCAGAAGCAUGAAAAAUGAUUUUACUGAAUUCAUGUAUUUGUCCUGAGCACUUUUGGAGCCAGUAGAACAGAGCUCAACAGCAGCCACAACCGAUGUAUGAGCAGACAUGCGUGCGUGCAUGCCUGUCUGUAGCUACAUCUGCUAUGGCUCGCUGUUAAUAGCUGUGGAUAGGGUGCUUAAACACCAGAUGAUGGGAUGUGCAGCGUGGCAUUUUAAAAUGAGACUUUACUAGGUUUUACAAUAGGUUAGCCCUGAACUGGCUACAUAAGGUAGCCUGAACGCUGGUUAUUUACUUUAUGGUGUGAUACUGCAGCAAGCUAGUUUAUCUGGUCAUUUACUGUACUUUGAGCCCGAGGGUAUCGCAUUGCUGUUUGAAGUAAAAUACUUUAUAAAUAUAGGGACACACUACAGCUCAUUUUCAUAUUGUGAGUGCCACAUGAUCAUUGUUGUUUAUCAUUGCUGCUAUUGUGAAUGGCUUAUAGGUCUACCAAGCCAUAGUUAACAUAUGAUUUGAUCACUACGUUCAUGUGAACAGGCCAACUGAUUUUCCUGGUGAUGCCGUUAAACACAACUUAAUUUCCAUCAAUCUCUACAAUGGAAGGUAACAAUAGUAAAAUUUGUACUAACUAUAAAGUCCUUAUACUCGCUUUUAGGGGAAAUACAGCAGAUAAAAAAAAAUUCUUUAGCUCACAACCCCUCCUGCUGGUAGUGACAGGCUUUUCUCAUUUUUGCUGUGUUGUGUGGCCCUUUUAAAUUCCAAGUGUGGUUUUCUUAUUAGUUAACACAAUUACUGUAUAUAUUUUUCAGUAUUGUUCCUUCCUGUAUAGAAAUGUACAAAUCUCUCACUGAGCUAGAAGAUGUAGGGGGGCUGUUGAUAGGUGGUCGCAGAACUCUGAAAAUGGUCACUAUUUGAAUUCAUCAGUUAAUACUGUUCAGAAGCAAAUGCUAAAGUCAGAUGUGCUGGGUUAGUUUUUUUUUUUCUCUUUCAAAUAAUUUAUCCACUGUUUUAACAAGUUAAUAUUGAGAACUGUGAACAUUUGUCCAUGUGUGAUACUUUUGUUCUAACACUAACAGAGCCUAAUUGUUCCUUUUAUCAUUGUCCCUUCUUGAAUGUGAACAAAUUAACAAUUUUCACCUCAACAAAAGAGAUGCUUGCUUGUUUGGGAAAUACCCCAGGUUGAUGUUAACUUGCUGUAGUUCUUAAUCUUUUGGGCUUCAGUCAGCUGUCACAACAUGUUCAGUGCUUUCAGUUUAGCCUGUUAGGCAUCAGUGCCCUCUUUCCAUGGUGUACUUAAUUUUGAGAAUAAAGCACUUCGAAUUGAAA